UCCACGAGCUGAGCGCUACCACGAUAUAAUCCUGACCUUACUGUUUCCUCCUCCGUUUUCUAGUCGUCGUUUGGUUUCUAUCCAAAGCAACAAUGUCUGAAAGAAAAGUGUUGAAUAAAUACUACCCUCCGGAUUUCGAUCCGUCCAAAAUCCCAAAGCUCAAACUCCCCAAGGAUCGACAGUACGUGGUCAGAUUGAUGGCUCCAUUCAAUAUGAGGUGUAAAACAUGUGGCGAGUACAUCUACAAGGGGAAGAAGUUCAAUGCACGCAAAGAGACGAUUAUUAAUGAGCUGUACAUGGGACUGCCCAUCUUCCGUUUCUACAUCAAAUGCACUCGAUGUCUUGCUGAGAUUACGUUUAAGACUGAUCCAGUAAACACAGAUUAUGCAAUGGAGCAUGGUGCGACACGAAACUUCCAAGCAGAGAAACUAAUUGAGGAGGAGGUGAAGAGAAUCCAGGAUGAGAGAGAAGAGGAGGAACUCAACAACCCCAUGAAGGUGUUGGAGAACCGCACAAAGGAUUCCAAGAUGGAGAUGGAGGUUAUAGAGAAUCUUCAGGAGCUUCAGGAGCUGAACCAGAGACAGGCUCAGGUGGACUUCGAGGGAAUGAUCGGCCUGUACAGAGAUAUUGAAAAAAGGAAGGUCGAACAGGAGAAAGAAGAGGAUGAGCUUGAAACCAGGGACAUGUUGCAACGAGCCCUCAUAAAAAGACUGAGGGAUUCUGACUCUGACCCGGACUCGGAGAAAGAAGAAGCGGAGAGCAGCAGCUCCCAGUCAAACAAGUCCAGCGCCAUCAAACCAACAGACUUCCUCACAACUAUUAAACCCACAGAGACACAGGGAGCCUCAGCUGGAGUAGUGAAGAAGGCCAAGAUUGAGAGCUGGGAGCAGAGUGUGGGGACACUGGGUGGUGUAAAAUCCCUGGGGUCCCUGGUGGUGAAAAGGAAACCAACAGCAGCUGUCAACAAACCAAGUACUGCUGCUUCAUCUUUAAAAACAGGUUCACUGGCAUCCAAGACGGCCGUGUCCACAAAUGCUUCAAAGCCCAUAAUCACACAAAAGGUGUCUUCGUCUCUCAGCCUGCUGGGGGCGUAUUCAGACAGUGACAGCAAUGACAGCGACUGAGCGGAAGAUGACUUGAGUGAUUGACACACAAUUGUGAUGAUAUGGACUUCUUUGCUCUGCACAAAAUAGUGUGUAAACCAGCUUGUGUGUCUACCCCAUUAAAACCCCUAUGUGCGACUGUUAUGAGCAGGAAUUGUAUUGUUUGUUAUCCAUAUCCAGUGAAACCGAAAUAAUCUUCCGCGGCACAUCCCACUUGUUCAUAGACCUGUUUUUGUUGAGAAUUUUACCUAUACCAAAUGGCAAUGUUUGAAUUUUUAAUGUUUAUUAAAAUCAGUUUAACUGUAA